AUGCAGGUCUAUCAACUCAGUGCUGUCAAUCGUCGCAUCAUCUCCCCGGUGGCCCCCAUCUUGUUUAAUGACCCCAGCGAGGACUUUGGAACUGUCUUGGACUUCCUCGAAAACCUGGAAAAAUUAAGGCUCAUCGGAUCCAUCGAAAAGCUGCACAAGAGCAACGUCACCAUCAAUUCUCUCAAUUUCGACAUGUCACCGUUUAAACGUCUCAAAUACCUCGAGGUAUGUUGCAUGGACAUUCGAGUGGACUCUCUUCCCUACCUCUGUCACCCCUGCCUGUCCGCAACUAAUACGUACUAA